GCUUGUCAGCCGUUAGGCAGCGCGCGGCCGGUGGGCGGGGCAGCCGGUGAGGAGCGGGGCCCGACAUGGCGCGGAACGGCCGGUCGCUCGGCAGGGUGCUGGUAGGAGGGCUUGCUGCCGCCCCGCCGCCAGCGCGCCCGGCCGCUGUCAGACACUUGGCUUCUUGUGGUAUUCUGAUGACCAGAAUUUCUCCUUCUCCUGUAAGGAGCCAUGCCUUUUCAAGAACCUUCUUCAACAUUGCUGCACCGCUAGUAAACAAAAGAAAAGAAUAUUCUGAAAGAAGAAUUAUCGGGUACUCUAUGCAGGAAAUGUAUGAAGUUGUGGCUGUUGUGGAGAAUUACAAACUAUUUGUUCCUUGGUGUAAAAGAUCAGAUGUAUUAACAAAGCGCUCUGGAUACUGCAAAGCACAGUUAGAAAUCGGAUUCCCUCCUGUCGUAGAGACGUAUACAUCGAUUGUUACCCUAGUGAGACCUCAUUUAGUUAAGGCAUCCUGCACUGAUGGGAGACUAUUUAAUCACUUGGAAACAGUGUGGCGUUUCAGCCCAGGUAUCCCUGGUUAUCCAAGGACAUGUACAUUGGAUUUUUCAGUUUCUUUUGAAUUUCGUUCACUUCUACACUCAAAACUUGCUACGCUAUUUUUUGAUGAAGUGAUAAAGCAGAUGGUAGCUGCUUUUGAAAGAAGAGCAUCCAAGCUCCACGGUCCAGAAACAAGCAUACCUCGGGAGCUAAUGCUCCAUGAAGUUCAUCAGACGUAAAGGGAACUGCAAGAACCUCCAUUACAAACUUGUCUGUACGCUUCAUUUGUUCAAGAGGUGCUGCGCUCCUCCUUCGGGGCAUCUAUUUCAUACCUGA